AUGACCUUUACGCACCCGCAAUCAUUUGUGAAUAUAGACGCGUACAAGAAGACAAUAAAGCACGAUGCACAGUUCCACCAAUACACUACCGACGAGACCAUUGCGAUCCGCUCAAAACUUCUAGACUGGUACGACAGUAAUCAGCGGAUUUUACCUUGGAGGGUACCAUCG